AUGCAGGAUGAAGAUCUCUAUACCUCCCUUCAAUGGGACACUCCAACUCCACACCCUUCCCAGAAACAUCAGUCUUCCACCAAAUGUUCAGGAACAUGGUGUCUUAUGAUGGUGAUAUCAUGUAUUUUCUGCGUGGGCUCAUUAACUGCCUCCAUUUUCUUGGGUAUUAAGUUUUUCCAGGUGUCAGCUAUUGCAAAGAAGCAGCAAGAAAAACUCAUGCAACAAGACAGAGCGCUGUUGAACUUCACACAGUGGCAGAAAAACCAUGGCCUCCAGAUAAAAUACUGCCAAACCUUGAUGCAAAAUUUUUCCAGAUCAGCUCCUUGUCCAGACAACUGGAUUCAGAAUGGAAAAAGUUGUUACCACGUCUUUGAAAGUUGGAAUAAUUGGGAAACCAGUAAGGAGGAUUGUUUGAAGGAGGGUUCCAGUCUUCUACAAAUAGACAGCAAAGAAGAGAUGGAAUUCAUCACUGACAGCCUGAGGAAGAUCAAAAGUGCCCAUGAUUACUGGGUGGGACUUUCUCAGGAUGGACCCAGCCAACCUUGGUUUUGGCAAGAUGGCUCCACUCCGUCCCCUGACCUGUUACCAACAAAGAGACCCCAAUCAACUCACCAGCUCUGUGGAUACUUCAGAAACAAGGUCCUGUCUUCCGCUAACUGUACCGUUUGGAAAUAUUUUAUCUGUGAAAAGUACACGUUAAGAUCCCCUGAUUGA